GCUGUUGGUCUGGCCCGCGGAAAUGGGCGAGCAUAAUCUUCUUAAUCCUGGGUUUGUGGGACCUUUGCUAAACAUCCACACUGGAGACAGAUUUUACUUGCCGAAUUUUAGAGCCUCAGGGGGACAGCUGGCGGGGCUACCGUCUCUCUCGUACCCUAGAAGGGACAAUGUUUGUUCUCUCCCGUGGAAUCCAUCGGAGUCGUGCAAUGGAUAUCCUCAGUCUUACUUUAGCAGUCCCGUAUCCAUUAACCCCUCUUUUAAUCGAUCAUGUGAAAUAACCCGACUGGAGGAGAGCAAAUGUUAUUAUGGCAAUUCCAGCAGCACCAGAGAGGCUUGCUCAGACAGCAACAGUCUCAAACGAGAGGAACGAGCAAGAGAUACAUCAGUAUCGUCUGAACACGGGAUGCACAAUGGGAUGGGCAACAGUGGCACCUUCUCAAAGUAUGAUUAUGGCACCGAGCAUCUGACCCAAGACCCGCCAUCCUGUCAAUCGUUGGAGUCCGACUCCAGUUCUUCAGUACUCAACGAAGGAGGAAAGACUUCAGCAAGCGACCCACAAACCCUGGGAUCGCAGGGAAACCACGCAAGCAAUAUCGCCAGUGGAGGUGCACCGUGGUACCCGAUGCACACCCGGACCCGCAAGAAGCGAAAGCCCUAUUCCAAACUGCAGCUGGCCGAGCUUGAGGGGGAGUUCAUGCUGAAUGAGUUCAUCACCCGGCAGCGACGUAGGGAACUGUCUGACAGGCUCAAUCUCAGCGACCAACAGGUUAAAAUUUGGUUCCAAAAUCGGCGAAUGAAGAAAAAGAGACUGUUGAUGAGAGAGCAGGCUUUGUCCUUCUUUUAAGAAGACACUUGGUAUCCACUGCUUAAUCGAUGUCCAGCAGCAGUAUUUCCGUAAAGUAAUUUGGCAUUAGCCCUUUUUACUCAAAGUCUUGCCCCACAUUAAGUAAGAAACGAGAAUAUGAAACAUUUUAGGGGCACCCGACCAAACGAUGGCUCUAAACCUUUGCUAUAACACUAUUUUGGUCUAGUGUCUAUGUAAUCGGGACUUUGCCCAAUUUUGGCUAUAUGUAUGGUGGGAAUGUCUUAUUCAAAGUUGUGAAGUAAACAAUCCGUCUAAGUAAAUUCUCACUUUAUUAUAUAUUGCAAUGACUUGCUAAUUAGAAAUUCAGCCAAAUAUAAGCUGUGAGAAAGCAUUUCGGACAAAUAAAAUAAUAAAAACAGUCUUAAUGAUCAGUCUUAAUGAUAUUGAAAUGAUCGCUAAUUAUUUAUUACAAGAGUGUUAAAACGAUUAUCAAAAUUGCAUAGUAACAUCAUCUCGUGUCAUAGUGUUUUGGUAUGUAAAUUUAACAAAUCUUAUCAAUAAGCUCCAAAUAUAGACUGAAAAGCAUGACAUAGUCACACUGAGAAUUUUAACAUGUUCUCAAUCUCUCAUAUUUUUUUAUUAGUCAGUUAUUGUUUAGAGUCUCUAACUGAGUACGCCACUACAAGUGUGGAUCUUCUUAGUCUUAUCUCUUAAGUCUUUACCACGUGCUCUCUGGCACGUUCACGGUCACGGGCACACAAGUGAGUGACUAGCCCGUAUCUUGGCCCUUGUCAACUAAAUUGCUAUUACAGAGCAGCUUUUAUGAUUAGACUUUGAAAUAUAAUUUGAAAUGACAUUCUGACACGUGUUGGGGGAUUACUCUUAAAAAUAUAUAUUGGCAAAGGUGUAAAUUGGUAGGCCAACAGCUGCUACUGCUAACAAAAUAUUUUAUAAUCAUAAAAUUUUAUAAUUUAUACGUGGCUUCAUCAUAUUGGCAUUGUUAACUGCAUACAUUUCCAGUGAACAAUUGCUCGUCCCCUGAUCUGCGUUAUUUAGACAUAUUCGUUUAGGCCGAUUUAAUUAAUUUACAACAAUACUUUUGGGAGAGAAAUGCAUGGUCACGCAAUAGCCUAUAAUAAAGAAGCGCAAGCAUAAAUUAAAACAAAGAUUAUGUCAUUUAUAAGAAUAAUGGAAGUGACAAUGAUACCGAAGAGACUGUCCAAAAUGUCCAAAAGCUUGUGUUUCUAAAUAGCGGGACGGAUUAUUUCAUUAGAAAUAUUAUUUAGCCAGAUCCUCGAUGAUAUGCCAGUGAAAUACAUAAUAUUUGCUGCAUGAUUGUAAUGACUGUAGUUAGAAGGUGAAAAAAGCAAAUCCUUUUACAGAUUUGUAUUUAAAUGUCAUAUGGCGCAUGUAUUAUUUUAAGACAUCUUUUCAAACUGAAAAAGGAUGUUUUAAAAAUAUGAAACUGAUUGAAGUCGGUUGCUUUAAACAUACAAUUUAUUUAAUAGUAUUAUUAAUAUUGUUAUGGAAGCUAUACAGUUAGUAAAGUCGGUGCUACUUUAUUUUUCUUGUUAUAUGACCGAUUUGAAUCUUGGUGACUGACUUCUGCUUUAAACUCUCUGUUUUGUUAAUCUAUGGAGAAUUCAGAUGCAAUUAAAUGAAUAACGCCAUCAGCAACUAAAAUAACAAUUAUUGACCUUGAUUCCCGCUUUUUUUAUUUUUUGGUAAAUUUGUCUCCGUUGUGUGUUUUUUCUAUGUUGCUUCAAUGUCGCAUUCCUUUGUACCUUGUGAUUAAAAAUGUCUUGUAAAUAAAGUUACGAGUUCAUCAGUGUAUUCAGAUAUGUGUAACCUACAGUUUAUGAUUAAUAAAA